AUGGAGAUGGUCACUGAAGCUCUCCAGUUUUGGUAUGAACGUCAAGAACAACACAAAGUCGCCUUUCGAUUUAAAUCCUUUCUUGAGGGGAAAAUGCUGCUGGAAGCACCUCCACGAAGGAAAAUCAAAGUUCACGUUCCUAAACCUCAUGUUCAUAGUGUUGGGAAGGGCAAGAAGCCCGGCAGAAGCAAGGGUCAAAGGAGAGGCCGGGCAGCAACCGAGUCACCAUCAGAUGAGGAAGCCAGGCCAAAGAGAAAGGAAGGGGUGGAAGAUCGGCAGUUCGAUGACAACAGUUGGAAGGAUUUGGAUGUGGACAAGCCGGCCAAGAAACGAACUGAACAGUUUUCUAAGGAUGACUGGACUCCUGAUCGGGAUGGCUCCGAUGACGAUGGAGAAGACUUGGACAUGGAGAAACCAACCAAGAAACCAACCAAACAGCAUGACGAACAUCGUGAGGAUGGCUCCGAUGAUAGUGACUCAGACUCCGAUAAUGGUCAAGAGAGGCCAAAGCAGGAUACUCUGACCGAGCCCACAGUGAAACCUAGCAGGGUCAACCCGACCUUGGAAGAGGAUAGAGACUCGGGAUCAGAUUUGGGCUCAGACGAUGCUACGAUCACUGUAGAUACCAGCCCUGAGCUUCAGCCUCGGUACAACGACACCCGGGCUCACUCCCAUGAAGUACCAUCGGACACUGAGGUCUUGGCUGAUGAUACAUUUUGGGAAGCUGACCUGGGCUGUGGGGUGGAGUUGGCCGAUCAAGCGAAGAAGAGAAAAUUCACUGAUGAGGAGGAUACACCCUGCAAGUUUCCUCGGUUAGAGAAGGGUUACAAACUUGGCCCAAGGAGUGCCCGACCAGGCAAAGUCAAAUGCCGAGCUGCCUCGGCUGUUAUCCAAGCCACUGUCAAACCAGCUCAAGCAACCAAUCUGAGGUCGGACACAACCAAAGCUUCGAAUAGCUUUGAUUUCACUAAGUCAAGUGGUGUCAACGCAAAACGACCAGUCCCUUCAAAACAAAAGGAGUCAGAGGCCGGUCCCAGUCAGCAACCAUCUAUUGAUGUCCCCACCAAGCCAAAACCAAAACCUCGUCCUAUCAUGAAAGGCAAGGUUUCUACAGGGGAACUCGGUAUAGUAACCCGAGAACGGUCGAAAAAGAUUGCUGAAGAAAGUGUUCGUUCCACCCGGUCCAAGAAAGUUUCAUUCGUCAGUUAA